AUGCAAGCCCUUGCAUCCAGUCUUGCAUGUUUCUUUGCGUUUUUUAUAAAGCCGCUCCAGGGCCACCUUCAAAUUAACGGCAGUAGUGGUUUGAAGCGGGGAAUUGCAGUGAACAGCAGUCAAAGUAAGGUAUCCUAUGGCAACUUUGCAGUCGACAAAUUCCAUCGUCUUCAGGUAGCAUCAAAUUUACUGACUGCUGUUAGUAACUACAAAGAGUGCGCUUUGAUCUGUGUGAAUGAUCCGAAUUGUUCAUCAUUUAACGUUGCUUCUUCUCCGCGGUUGGAUGGUAAAUUUCUCUGCGAGUCGUUAAAUAAAGACAAGUAUACUGCAAGUCCUGAAGAGCUAGUUAACUCACAGGGAUAUCACUACUACAGUAUAAAGGUAUUUCGAAAUAUAACAAUAUAAUUGUUUUUACCUCAUUUGCAGUGUUAGGGGUGAUCUCAUUGCAUAACUUUCUUUAAUCCUGACCUACUAAUUUGAAAAGAGUUUAACAGCAUCAAAAAACACAUUUUCUGUCAUUAAACCUUUUGAGUAAAUUUUCGUUCAAAUAAAUGCAAUUUCAAUAUAAUUUUUGUUUAGUUCAUUUGCCUAAAAAUCAAAAAUCUAAUUUUUUUUUUCGCGGAGGCAAAAUUGUUUUGCCUGCACGAUGUCCAUAGGACCGGGAAAACAGUUUGCAGCUCUCUCAAUGGUGUAAUGCUUCAAUAGUCAUCUUUUCAUGCCGAAUUGAUUUUUUUUCUUUAAGCUGUGAUAUUUUUUCUCAUCCUCUCGUCCCAAAGAAAAAAAAAAUAAAAACGACUCUCCAACAAAAGUUAUUCAAAGUAACUUACUUUAUGCCGCCUUCUGCGCCAUUUAUCAAACAAGUUUACUUAAUUAAAACAUGAACAUAAACUGUUAAAAAAAGAUAGGGUUCAAACUCAACGAAGGAAUUUAUCACAGUUUCAAAAAAGGAAAAGAAAAGAAAUUCACUCUAAAGAAUACCCACUUAUUAAUGUAUUCCAUGACAGUGUCAUUGGUCACGCUUACUAGAACAAAUUUCGGUAUAUACUCAAUACAUCAAGGCUCCUCUUGUGUAUGGAUUUUGUUUUGUCUCUUUGUUUUAUUUUGUAUUGUGUUUCCUUUUCGUAUUAUUUUUUAAAAUUUUCAUUUUUUAUUUUUUAGAUUUUUUAAUUUGGGCAUUCCAGCACUUUGCAAUGAAGACAAAAUAAACUGAAAGAUUUUUAUUCCAAUCGUUGAAUUGAAAUUAGUUUAUCGAGCAAAUAAUUUGUCAUUUGAUACCUUUAUUUGUGCCGGUUUUGGAAAAAGAUGAGCUAGUCCAGCGGCCAGCGAGCUGACUUGUCUGGGCUUAGAAACCUCACUUCCGCAGUGUCUUUCUUCGUGUAGAAGUGUGAUGAAUAUUGUGUGCUGUUUAUAUGGAGUCCACUAAAACUGGGGUCGGUUUCUAUUACUGAUCAUCUCAGGCUACAGAAAUAAUACCUGUCGGCAAUAAUCGAUAGACAGUGAGGGCCUGACCAGCAUCCGCGUAUUAACAAUAAAUACAUUCAUAAAUUUUUUUUUUAGACAUCAUGCUCAAGCUUUCCGUGUCAAAACGAAGCAACUUGUGUUCCGGAUUACGUUACCAACCAAUAUCACUGUAGCUGUGCUCCAGGUUACGCAGGAAACUUCUGCGAAAUAGGUAUGGUAAAUGUUGGUUGCACACAUUAUUUUAGAUUCGAGAUGCACGGUUGUCAAGCCAUAGGUCCAUUAAACACUAAGCACACGGGAAAGGGGAGAGGCUUAUUGAUUCUUGGGGCUUCCACACUGGAAGACUUAUUAGCUAAACUACAUGACAUUCCGAUAUUGCAUAUUAUUACCUUUUAUCGUUCUAGAAAAAUGAAGAAAAUGGCAGCAUCAUUUUUACGCCCCAUGUUUUAAUUUCGGAGACUUUGUUUAGAGUAAGGAGGGAAGGGUGGUGGGAGAAAAUAAGGAUGGGGAAGUAAGAGUUUUAUAGAAAUAGAGCGGCUUCAUCCCGUUACCCGUUCGCCCGUUCGCCCGUUCGCCCGUUCGCCCGUUCGCCCGUUCGCCCGUUCGCCCGUUCAUCCAUUCUUUCGCUCCUGUUUGUGAACUCCUUUGGGAACAAAACUCUCACUUGAAAAUUUGACGAUUGACCGGGCAAUCACUCCUUAAUUUUUUUUUAUUUAUUUACUUUUUUUGAUUCGAGCCGACAUGCAAAUAAAACUAAUGUUGUAAUACUAUACGCUUCGCAGCUCUGAAGUCAUGCAACCAAGUCUACAGCACGAUUGGGUAGGUUAUCUGAAGUAGUCACGGUUACUUUUUGCACAUGGUUUACUUUAUGGUUUAUGAGGAGGUACUUGUUUAAAAACAAUAAAAAAGUAAAAAAGAAAGAGAUACCUUAAGAAGCGAUCGAUGGAGUUUUUCUAACAGUAGCUGAAAUUACUAUCUUUUGGACAUUACAUUCUUUGAAAUUUUAAUUUAUUUUGCGAUUUUUGAUCUUGCAGCUCAUCAAGUCAGCUUAGAACACUGAUCAUUGAUGGACUGCAAACUGCCAUUUACUGUCAUAUGGGAAAUUUUGGAUGUGGGAAUGGCGGAUGGACUACUGUCAUGAAGGUUGAUGGCGCUAAGGUAUGACAAUCAUCGGGGCCCUAGAAAAUCAUUGCUUAAUAUAAGUUAUGAAUUUGCCCUGAAACAACUGGGUAUAGUUGUAAAUACUAAUAAGAGGUAUAUUUCCAAUUUCUAUCAGAGUACUUUCAACAACGACGCUAACUACUGGACAAAUAAAGAUCCUUACAACCUUGCUGGAGGACAAACGGGAUUCGACUCGCAAGAAACCAAGCUACCAACCUAUUGGGAUACACCUUUCACCAAGAUCUGUCUCGGUAUGAAGAUAGGCUCUCAGAAAAGAUUUACUUUGAUCAACAAGCAAGCCAGUUCGUUUCACUCGCUCAUCGCUCAAGGACAAUACCACGCCACCUCACUCGGACGUAACACCUGGAAAUGGUUAAUUGGUUCGCAAUCUUCUAUGCAGCAUUCUUGCAACAAAGAAGGUUUUAAUGUUGCUGCUGGCGAGAAUAAUGAGCAAAAAAUUCGAAUUGGUAUCUUUGCUAACCAGGAGGAUGACUGCACAACGCCAGACUCUAAGAUAGGCUUCGGUAUGGGGGAAAGUUCUAGCACCAACACAUGUGGAAACGUAGCCAACGGUGAAUUCAGCCCGGAUAAUGGUGGCAAAAACAUUAGAGCUGUAGGAUAUAUCUUAGUACAGUAA